AUGCUGGCCUGUAUCAAUGAGUCACUGCAGUUGAAUAUGACAAAGAUCAAACAGUUGUGCUCAGGGGCUGCAUAUUGUCAGUUUAUGGACAUGCUGUUCCCUGGCUCCAUUGCCUUGAAGAAAGUGAAAUUCCAAGCUAAGCUAGAACAUGAAUACAUCCAGAACUUCAAAAUGCUGCAAGCAGGUUUUAAGAGAAUGGGUGUUGACAAAAUAAUUCCUGUGGACAAAUUAGUAAAAGGAAAGUUUCAGGACAAUUUUGAAUUCAUUCAGUGGUUCAAGAAGUUUUUUGAUGCAAACUAUGAUGGAAAAGACUAUGACCCUGUAGCUGCCAGACAAGGUCAAGAAACCUCAGUGGCCCCCUCCCUUGUUGCUCCAGCUCUGAACAAACUGAAGAAACCUCUCAGCUCUAGCAGUGCAGCUCCACAGAGACCCAUUGCAACACACAGAACUACUGCAACCCCUAAGGCUGGUCCGGGUGUGGUGCAAAAGAAUACUAGUGUGGGCAACAGAGAUGAUGAAGCAGCUGAACUCAUGCAGCAGGUCAACGUAUUGAAACUCACCGUGGAAGACUUGCAGAAAGAAAGAGAUUUCUACUUUGGAAAGCUAAGGAACAUCUAAUUGAUUUGCCAGGAGAAUGAGGGGGAAAACAACCCUGUGUUGCAGAGCAUUGUGGAC